AGAUUAUGUUUGGUGGUUCGAAUGCAACUGGUACGGGAUUUACCUUUGGGUCAACUUCAACUACAACAAAUGUGACAACAACAGGUACAUCGGGAACAACGAAACCAUUGUUUUCUUUUGGUAGUACUACGACAGCUUCUACCGCCACAACUACUACACAGUCCUCUGGUUUUUCUUUUGGCGCCUCGUCGAAACCAUUGGUAUUUGGUGGAACUGCUGCAGGUGUUCCUUCCAGUACGGGAACCACAACUGGGUUUAGUUUUGGAUCCACAACCAAUAAAGGAACGGGAAGCAUUUUUGGCAGUACAUUUGCUUCAUCUGCCAAUUCGCCUUCGACAACUGCUGGUGGUGGAUUUACGUUUGGUGCUAAACUGGCUGGUAGCUCUGGUGGUUUGUUUGGCACUUCCACAACUGCAUCAUCAUUGGCAGCAGCAACAGCAGCAACAACAACUACUACAAUAAGUACGGCUCCUGCAAAUACGACUGCAUCAAUCUUUUCAUCAUCACUUGGUACAAGUGUUGGUGCAAAGCCAUCUUCAUUAUUCUCUAAUCUCACAUCACCGACGGCAACGACAGCAUCAGCCACUACCACAAACGUGCAGCCAUGCAGUGGAAGCCUUUUGUUUGGGACUGCAGCAACAACUGUAGCAAAUACCGGUUUAGGAUUUGGGUCAUCAAUUACAACGACGACUAUUGCAACAACCAGUACAGCUCCAUUUUCCUUUGGUACUUCAGUUUCUAAUAGCCAUCUUCCUGGCUCUUUGUUUGGACCCACAAUAUUGCAACCGGCUACUUCUGUUGCUCCAGCUGUUGGUACUUCCACGACUGGUCUUUUUGGUCAGAAAUCGGCUUCUGGCGGUUCAUUCGAUCAAGUUGCUGUUACAACAUCUAGCACUGUUGCAAUAUCUGGGUUUCUGUUUGGUACUCCUACUACAGCAAAAUCAACAUUUGGAUUAUCUACGGUAAUUAGCACUGCUACACCUACUACUACUUCUACAAUCACUACUACUGUGACGGCACCGAUAUUAUCCUUUGGUUUCAACACCACUGCCCCUGUGACGGGAACCACAGCGCCGUCUCUGUUUGGUUCUGCUGCAUCUUCAUUAACUGCGACUACUACUACUGCACCAGCCGUUGUGUUUGGAUCUGCUACUUCCGUGGCAGCUCCUCAAUUUGCGGGAUUGUUCGAGACUAAAACUACAUCAGUCACAACAUCGACAACUACGACGUCAAUAUCUGGAUUAAGCAAUGCAGCACUUCCAACUCUAACGCCGUCAUUGGCAACUACAACCAAUAGUACUACAAUGCUUCCUUUUGGUACAGGGCCACUAAAUGGAUCAUCAGCUACGGCCACCUCUUUCACUCCAUCUGCUACUGCUGCGUUUACUUUUGCUUCAGUUGCCAUACCAACACCGAGUGCACUACCGCCAGCACAGCCAGUUCUUGAUGUAAGCGAAGAGAUCAAACAGCUGGAAGAGGAGAAGGACCGGUUUUUGCACGCUGUUGAUUUCAUUUCUCAACAGCAAACUGAACUUGAAUCUUUAGUUGUUGAUCUGGAAAAAGCUUUGGGUCUUAGUGAUUGGACGGAAAUGGCACCAAUAGGACUACCGGAUCCAGGUGUAGCUACUCAUGCCGACAUGCAACGACAGGCUAUGUUGCAGUUACAGUUACAGAUUGAUGCGCAGCUGAAACAAGCAGAUGAUGAUAUAAAUGACAUUAUCGAACAGGUUAAAGAACUACAAAGAAUUAGUCAAGGUGUCGAUGAUCAGGCUGAAACAGCAGACCAAAUUGCGCAGAUCCUUAGGCGUCAGUUGGAUGCUCUUCAGUGGAUUGAUGAACAGAGCUGUGAUUUGAAAAAAAAGUAA